CUCUAGGGACCUCCCCUCAUGGUGAGUUAGGUACUUACCCUUUUAAAUAAAUAUUUAAGUACCUUGGCAGGUAUGGAGAGGGUGAUUUUUCGUGAGGGGAGUGUCACUAGAGUACCUGCAAACAGCGAUUUAACAUCCUUGCCAUAGAAAGUGAUGAAAAUACUGUGUAUAAAAAAAUAGCAACACCGUUUCAUAGUUGUGCUUCAAGGUCACCCAAUUUGGGGAGACGAACAUCAACGAUUUGAAUAAAAAAAUUUGAUUUCCGUGAAACUAUACUGUGACAAAACAUUUCUCUUGACAAUUAGAAAUCCCACCACAUAUCGAUUCAAGUGUGAUAAAGUAACCGUCAAUUUUGCACGAGCGUCAAAACUGUCAUUUGCAUUUUUUGUGUGAAAUAAUUGUUAAUUUAUUAGUCGUUAUGGAAUCUGCUAUCAUACACUUGGAACAAAGUGUUAAGCAAGCUGAUGGAAAAUUGGAUAUGAUCGCGUGGCAAAUUGACUCUUUUGAAAAGCAAUGUGAAAAUCCGGAUGAUGAGAUCUCAGUGCUUCGUCUCUUAAGGGCUAUUCAUCAAGUUACAAAAGAUUAUGAGAAUCUUCAUCGAGAAAUAUUGGAAGUGCAACAAUUACAAAAACAACUUUCAGAUUCACUUCAAACGCAAUUGUCCCAGGUUGUUGGACAGUUUAAUUUGCUACGUAACAAGAUUGUAGAACAACAUAAAAAUCCACAUUUGAAAUAAGAUUAGAAUAUGUAGUGAAUCUUUUCAUAUUUUCUCAAUUCAUUAUUUAUAUUCACUUUAUUUUCAUAAACUGUUUUUAAGUUCUUUAAAAAGCAAUUUAAUAAUUUGAAAAAUAUUUUGAGUAUUAAUAGUUAAUAAAUAACAUGUAUUUACUAUCUGUAUAGUUAAGAAAAACUAUCACAAAAUGUGUUUGAUACUACUGAAAUAAAAUAUUAAAUUGUUUUAUUAAUGAAACUAUUAGUUUCUUUAACUUUUAAUUUUAAUAUUCUUGCAUAUAAUAUGCAUACAUGAAUAGUAUAAUGUUAACUUCAUUUGCAUAAUAUCUGUAUUUAUGUCCUACAAUCUCAUUGAGAAAUUAUAAUAGAUGCAAUAUUUUAAUUAAUGCAUUCUAUGCACAUAGAAAUGAAAAAUUCAUUUAACUCAUGCAUGCAGGUCUUAUUUAUUAUUUAGUGGAAAUUAGUUUCUUUAAUGAUCAUUUAUAUUUUAGUGCAUACAUUUUUAAACUACUGUAUCCUAAGUACCACAAUUCUAUGGAAAUCUCUCAAUGUACCAGUUGUGAGCCAAUUUUAAGGAUAUAGAUAGUUUAUGAUUGAAUAACUAUGUUUAUUUAUUAUGGAUUCAAACUUUAUUACUCAUCUAUCAUUCAGUGACAAAUACAUUUUGAAUAAUUUUAUGAUAUAUUAUAAAACCACCUGUAUCUCUUCAAGCCUCAUGUGUUACAGUUGAUUGAUAUACAAAAGUCAGCAAUUUUAUAUUAAAUUUAUAGUUGAGAUGCAGUGUGCACAUUAUUAUAAGUGUAAAACAAUUUGAUUAUUGUUAUGCUCGAUUUUACUUUCACCUUAUUUACCUUAUCUUCUAUUUUCGCCUAAUCUAAUUCAAGCUGUGUUACAAAAUAAAGAAAAACAUGAGAAGUUUUAUGAUGUAUUAACAAUUGGCAUAACUGUAAACUUUCUAGCAUUUGGGUCUCAAAUUCAAGGUUUUGAAAAUGUUAUGUGCUUAUAUAUACUCUCGAUUUAUUGUUACUGCUAUUUUAUAUUCUUAAGUUUUAUCAUUUAUUUUUAAAUAGUAUGGGAUCAACAUAUUGACAAAUAAUUUAUUUGACUUCCUCCGUGAGUGCGAUAUUGGGGCCAAUCUAUAUGUUUAUAUAUCCGCACAAAAUGAAAGAACCAGUAAGAUUUAAAGACAUUACUUUUGUGUUUAGACGAUGCAUUAAGUUUUAAUACUUUAUACAAUUUAUUAAGAAAAUUAGUAUAAUUUAUGUCUUAGUGAAUGAAACCUUUUUCACAUCUUAACCCUUAUGUGCUACAGUCGGUCUGUCGGAUUGUACAAUAUUUUUAUUUGUUUACAUUUUUCUUUGCGCAUAACUUAUAAUGUUGAAACUUCAUGUAACUUUCAAUCAAAAUGACAUACAAAUGAUAACAGACAAUUAUGGAAAACAAAUUUUUAAUAUAUUUGUUAUAGUUUAAUCAAACUUGGACCCUUUUAUUAUUACUCUAAUGAAGAUAUAACAAUUGGGUUUAUUCCUUAUUUUGUAUUUGUAUGUAAGUAAUAAUACAAUAAAUAUUAGCGGUUUAUAAGACCGACUAUAGUAGUUAUGUAAGUUUUUACAUCCAUAGUAUUUAAGGGUUAAAGAUAUUUUUCUUAGGGAAUUUAAAGUUUUUUGUAAAUAAUGAAAUUAUUUAUUUAGUGUCAUACUAAUGACUUUUGGUUUUUUUUUAAUCAAAAUAUUUGAUGCUGAUUACUUCGUGGCAUUUUCGAAACGUGUGUUAUAUUUAUAAUUCUCAAUUUAUAUAAACUGUGUGAUAAUAGUGCCAAAGUUGAUAUAAAAUUUUGUUUCUAUAUAUUGCAUAGUAUAGUCUUUGAGGGUUAAAUGUAUGUAUGUACAUCUAUAACACAUAUAUACUAAAUGACAGCACAAUAAUAUGUAUAUUUUAAAGAAUGUUCAAUCGAAUUUCAUUAUUAUGACGUUAAAAUUGUAAUUUCUACUCAAUGUAUUGUAAACUACUAGCAGUUACUACUACUCCUUAUUUCUACAUUUUACAUAACUUUAUUAGAAUAUUAUCAAAUACUCAAAGAGUUCACAACGGUGUUAUCUUAGCUGAAAUUAGUAAUACUUAACAUGGUCUUUCUUUUUUCUAGAAGAUGAUUCUAUCUAAAAGAAUCCAUUCUGUAUUUAAUCAUAACAUGUAAGAUAGAUAGAUAGAUUCUUGAAUUGAAUGGAUUAUAUACAUAUACAUUAAAAUAUACGUAUCUAUGAAUUAUUUUUUGUAAUCAACAAACUAAUUUUCUGUGCUGUUAUAUUUUGAAUGUAUAAUUUAUGUGUAUAGAAAUUCUAUUUGUUGUGAUUCAUAAGAUUUUACUUAAAGUAAAUGAGAUUUAUAGUAUGUAUGUAUCUGUAUAACAUAGAAGAAAAGGGAAGUGUAUUUUACAACACAAGAGUAAUGAUAAAAAUAUGCAAUGCUUAGGCUUGCAUACAUUAGGUUACAGAAAAUAACAUUGCCUUAAGACACAAGUGUGCGUUUAAUGAGCUACAUGAACUAUGUUGAAAUGAAGUGCAUGUUAUUAGAAUGUAUUUAAGAAGGAAAAGUCUGUUACAUAAUGAUAUGAAGGAUAUGUCUUUCCAAACAUAGUAAUUGGUCAACUACGUGAAUUUCAAGGAAAUGUUUUUCUUCUGUCUUGAAAGAUCAAAUUGUUUUCUGAUUUAUCUGAUACGUUUGUAAAUUGGCUUGAAAUUUACGUUUAUUAAGUUUGACAAAAGAUAUAACAUUCAAUUUUAGAAUAGAUAUUCAAAAUAUUUACUAGGAAGAAUUUUUCUACACAAUUUAAUAUGCACAUAGAUUCUUCCUUUUCGUUUCUGUUCAUUUUUGUUCUUUCAUUAGUAAGAAGAAAGUAACAAAGAUGUAUAUUAUAUUGUUUUUAUAGCAUUUUCUUGAAUAGAGUAACUGAGUUUUGUGACUUGAAAACUGUUACCUGUGUACCCUAUUCAAACUUAAAAUUCGAUCACCUAUUAAACGUAAACACACUUUCUGAAAAAUCCCUCUAAGUCAAUACUAAUAAUUUGGAAAAGAAAAUAUUUGUGAUACUCAGUGACUCACACGUUUAUCAGGACUAAUUUAUAUUUCAGUUAACUUGUCAUAUGUUUUAUUAAAUAUGAAAUCAAAUUCAGAUUCUGCAUAAGGGAUGUUAACUGAAAAUAUAAAUCAGGUCCUAGAUUGACCUCUAGCCUUUACCUUAAGCAAUUAGAUUUGAUCUAUACAGAACUGUAUUAAUAAUACAUAUAUGUGUAACUACAUUGGCAGCGGCGUCAAUCACAGUCACGUGUUACUUUAUUUGUAUUAGCAUUGAUACUUUUGGUAUUAAAUUAACAAUUAAACUGAUUGAUCAGUUUCUAUUGUAUAGUCAUAGUGAAUUAUUCUACAAUAAAAUAAUAUUUACUUAUUCCACUGUCUUAAAAAAAUAGUUUGAAAAGAUACAUAAAACAGAAAAUUCACCGAUUAAGUAUCAAGGUCAAUUUUUGCCGUUGGAAUGUUGACAAUAAUCCAUUUUAAUACACGGUAUGACCGGUAGUUUCCGUGCAAGACGUUCAGCCUAAUUAUAAUUAAUUCUAAUUAAACACUUAGCGUAAUUAUAAUUAAACAGAAAAGCACCAUAGAUCAUUUCCAAAAGUUAGUAGUUGAGUACCUGAAGGUAUUCAAAUGUGUGAAUAUGGAAAAUAUUGCUUUCUGAUAUGAUACGCAUAAUUGCUUGUUGUUUAAAAUUUGAAAAAGUGAAAUAUAUCAAACUCGUGCCGCAAAAGUUGCAAAAUUGCCGGUCUUGAACGUGUUAAUUGUUUGUAUUGCUUCUUAAAAUAUCUCCGUAAUAAAUUUUGAUACCUUUGAGCAUCAGGAUUUGAGAGAGGCGAAUAAUAAUAAUGAAAUACAACCUAAUAAUUACAUUACAAUCUAUAUGUUUACUAAAGGUUUUCUGAAAUUUCUAGAUUUUUAAUACAAAUUUAUAUUUUUUCAAUCUUCAUGCAUAUUUAUUUAGAUUAAGAAAUCGUUGGAUUUUCAACAUAUUAGAUUAUGUUUGAAUAUGUACAUUUAUAAUGCAUUAGAUUAUGCGAAAAAAUAGAGAUUUCAUUUAGAAACAUUUAAACUAAUCCAUAUUAGUUACCAGUGAGAACGAACGCUUUUAUUAGCCAGUUAGAAAAACACUAAAUUUCAGUUUAUAAUUUAUAUAAUUUCAAUAGCGGUGAAAUUAGAUAUUUCAAUUCGUUCGAUUUAAACUGAAGAUUCGUGGUACCGAAGAAUCAAGUAUUUAUUUAUUGUAAUUGAUAAAAUAAUGCGUUAAAACGCACGUGACUUUGAUGGGGCGGCGAAUAGUUUGUAGUGCUGAUUGAAAAUGAUUUUAGAAUAGAUGUAAAGUAUAAGUUAAGAGAAAAAUGGUCUGGAACACAUUCAAAACGUGCCAAAAAAGCUUUGGUCAAUUACUAAUCAUACACUAUUUUGUUUCUUUAACACCGAUCUUUCGACAUCGGCGUUUCUCUGUAGUCUACAUAUCACAUUCUCACAAUUUUCGGGAGUCUAUUUCCCUUUUUACUCGUAAUAUUACGAAAAAUCUUGAUGGUCCUUCGUUUAAAAUCAAAUCGAAUGUUGUUAUUGUGCAAGGAGUACUUUAUUAAAAACGUUGCGUAUUCAUGGAUACUCGAUAAAACACGUUUUCAUAUAAAAAUAAUACAAUUUCGUUUCAAACGUUUGCAUUCUUCGAUGAAUUUAAGAUCCUGUUUAGCAAUAUCCUCAUUGCAGCGAAAAAUGCACGUUUCUAUUAACUACACAGUUUUCAGUAAAUCGCGAUUAAUUCUUAAAAACAGAUGAAUAAUUUAUGAAAUAUGUUACACGAUAUCUUACAAAAUUAUUGUUGUCAUUAUUAUAGCGUUCGUAAGUUUUACGAUUACAAUUCAAAUGUAAAGAAAAAUGUGAUGGUAUUAAAAAAAGCCGAGCUUCGGACUUAAUAAAGGUUCUUGCACACUUCUUCUGUUUCUAAAGAUGUUAAAAGAUGAAUCUUUAAUGCAUGUUUCACGAUUAGAUGAAGAAAUAAGCGUCAAUGUAUCGACUACUAUCUUGUACAAGUUCUUAAUUGUUCAAACAUUCGAACCAGUCGGUUUGCGAAAUUUGUUAACGUUGAUUCCGGUCUGAAGUAUAUAGUUUAUUAGCUGUGCUCGAUUGCGUGCAAGUGUAAUCGUGUAAUUGGUACGGUAAUCAAUGCACGCGCCACUUUCGCAAUGUUCUAUUAUUACUCUAUACAAUGAGUUACAAAUGUUCGUUUCGUAAACGAUGAACGUUUCGUUAAAAAUAUUCAGACAGGAAUUACGUAAUGUAAGAAACGAAUCAAAAUGUGAAAAACUGAUUAAUCGCUUAUCCAUUGUAUUAUACACGAUUGCUCAAUCCUCUGGUGUAUGUUAAACGAAAUUGUAACGCGACAAGAAAAUUGUAUCUUCUUAGAUAUUUAUCACAAUAUUAUACAAUAAAUUGUUAACACUGUAGCAAAACAUUAAUGAGAACUUAUUCUCGCCCAAAUAAUUUUCCUUUUUCUUUCGAGGUAAUUGUGUUGGCAUACUUUUCUAUUAAAACACUAUUUGGGUAUUUAUAAGCUACAAUUUAAUAAUACACGCGAAUGAUAUUGAGAGAAAUUAUUUAAUUAAGUGAACAUUCAUGCGGUUAAGUAAUUCCGUGAUCUUCUCGGAGCAACAUAGUUCAAGUAAAAUUAAGGAGAAUUAGUUCCACGCUGAAGAAAGAAAGAAAUUUCCUUGUAUCCAGUGGAAUUUUGUUGAAACGUCUAAGGAAAGUACAGUGACCCGAAGAGCAUAUCAUCAGCAAAUCGAGUGGAUCCACCGUGUCGAUUGGAAAUUCACGAGAAAUCAUGCAGGCAGAAUCAGUCUCUGAGACGAUUUGUAAUUUCCUUGUCACAGUGUUUGCGUUGCGCCGAAGAACCAGGUACUUUCUGCACUUUACAUUUGGAAUAGUCGACACUAAGUGUUAGACUCUAAAGCUAUCGGUUAAAAGUACGAGAAUACAUGUUUGAUAUAUUUUAAACUAUAGUGCUAUCGUAAUAACGUUAAAAGAGCUUAGGAAACAAGAAUUAAUUUGAAUAAAUAAACACAAUUCAUAAUAUAACACGAGUUAUAAGUGUUAAUUCAUAUAUUUAACGCUAGAACUACCGAGCGUUUAAUACGAU